CACAUACAUUAAAAAAAUUCCAUAUAUUCUGUAUUUCAACUCCAUUCAUUUACACUUUUGAUUAUAUCUCUACAGAAUACACACUUAAAAGUUAAAACAUCAUAGAAAGAUCCAAAACUAUGCAAUUAAGUUUCACCAUCAAAGACAAAUGGAAACUCUGCACAAUUGCUACCAUAUUUUGCUGCUUAAUCCUUAUCAUUUUUCUGAAUCAAAGUAACAAAAAUGUAAGCUUUUCAAACAAUAUGCUACCACUUGCUCCAUUGCUUGAAUCACAGGCACCUCUGUCUAGCAUCGUAGCGCAGCUUCCGCGCCCCUCUUGUCCACCACCUUCCGCAACCAGCGUAAUAACAAAAAACCUCGACCCUUUUAAUUUUACCUCUAUUAGUACCACAGUUGAACAGCAACCAAACACGACUUUAUUAAGUCAAAGAGACAAGCUGAAUGUGAGUGUAUAUAAUUUGAAGAAACCAAUUAUAAUGAAGACGAAUAUUGCUGGACAGGAAUGUGAUAUGUUUGAUGGGAGAUGGGUUUACAAGCCAAAAGAAAAGCCUAAAUAUAAUUCAAUUAAGUGUCCUUUUAUUGAGGAGAAGAUGAACUGUAGAAAGAAUGGGAGGCCAGAUUUUGAAUAUGAGAAGUGGAGAUGGGAAGCUAGAGAUUGCAAAAUACCACUCUUUGAUGGAAGAGACAUGCUAGAAAGGCUUCGAAACAAGAGGGUGAUCAUCGUAGGGGACUCAUUAAAUAGAAACAUGUGGGAAUCUCUCUCUUGCCUUCUUUAUUCCUCUAUACAUCGCUCUAGAGUUGAAGUCCGUGCUAAAUUUCGAGACUACAAGGUUCUUAAAGCAAAAGAUUAUAAUACGACAGUCGAGUUCCAUUGGAGUCCAUUUUUAGUUGAUUUUGAUACGAAUCAUAAAAGUGGGAAAAAAGUUUUAGUGCUUGACAAAUUGUCAUCCAAUUCAAAGCUGUGGCAAGGGGCUGAUGUUAUGGUAUUUAACUCAGGGCACUGGUGGACUCACAGAGGAAAAUUCAAAGCGUGGGAUUUUUUCCAAUACAAAGGACAACUACUGGAGAAGAUGAAGAUACAACUAGCAUAUGAUAGAGGCAUGAGAACAUGGGAGAAAUGGAUAAAAGACAAUGUGGAUCCAAAGAAAACAAUAGUAUUCUUCAGGAGCAUUUCAGCAAACCAUAACGUUGGUAAACGAUGGUGCUACAAUUCAACCCAGCCGAUCAUGGAUGACUCUUACCAAAAUCCUUUUCCAAAAUUAAUGGUUUAUAUCAUUGAGAGGUUGAUUGAAGGAAUGAGCAAAUCAAAUGUGAAGUAUUUGAACAUUACCAAGCUUUCUCAAUACAGAAAUGAUGCACACCCAUCUGUGUAUGGGAAUGGAAAAUGGAAGAUCUAUACUACGAAAUAUAAGAGGUUUCUUCCAUCUAAUGCUGAUUGUAGUCAUUGGUGUCUUCCUGGAUUGCCGGAUACUUGGAAUCGGUUAUUGUAUGCUUCCCUCUUCUAUAUUUGAUACUCUAAUAGUUUUUAAACAAGUUUUGAGUGGCAUUAAAUGACCAGAAGAAUACUUUUGAAUGUACCAA